CCGAAGAGAUUUAUGACAAACGACCGGUGAUAAGUCUGCAUGUCAGACUGGGUUGGGUUGGGAGUCUUGUUUUGUUUAUUUCAUGACUGUAUUUUCAAAUCCACCCGAGUUAGGCCCUACUUGAUUUAUAAUUAACAGUGAGAUCUCACUGUGAGGUAUAAUUGGUACUAAUGGUAAUGUGUAUUACUGCCAUUUAAGUAACAGUUGUUACACUCAUCACAAUCCUCUGUGGUACAUUGGUGAAAUUAGGGUGCACUUUUUUAGCAGUAAUAUUUUUACUUCAAAAUACCCUUGUCACAUGAGCAAAAUAGUGUACUGGUUGGGUAGAAAACACUGCAUCAUGGCGAUUUUCAAGACUUCUCGUCACUAACGCACCCACAAUGCACACAAAAUCCUGCUUCUGUGCUGGGCCAUGGUACUUCGUAUAGGCUUGCCUGACUGUCUGGAGUGCUCAAGUGUACAAAACGAAUAGCCUUGAUCUAUCGCAUUGCUGUGCUUGCCGUCACACAUUUUUAGAUUCUCUUUCAAAGUAAUCUUAAUAUGCCAGAUCCUGACUGAGAUUGCUAAUGGGUUCUGGAAUCCUGUAUUUGAGCGAUACAGCACUCCUAUGUCCAGAGGGAACCUAUGGGUUAACUGAAAACUGAAGCAAACCUGGUGCCAAUUAUGUGUCUGGAAUACUACAUAUAGACAGGGCGGAUAAGUUAAAUCGAGAAGUCUAACCCUAACUGGAAGGAAAUGCGUAAUAGUUUUGAUGUGUUACGACAUGCUAACUCAAUGCAUAUUAAAACGAGAUGUUAAAUGAGUAGGCAACGUGUUGUACCCUGUUGCGUGUGCGUGGCAUGUGGAUUCAGGUAGACUGUUCAACUUGUUGACGGCACGUUGUUGAAGAGGCAACUCACGUAGCGGUAUUCAGAAUGUUCCCACAUUGAGGAGAUUUUGAAAGCGACAAAGAUAACGGAGUAUAUUUUCUUUUUUAACUUGACCUAAGAUGGCUGGUUCUGUUCUUUUAUUUGUGCUUUUUCUUAAUGGAUGUAUUUGCGUUUUCUGCGGGACUGCAGAAAAGUGCAGAGGAGCACAGUGCUUAGGCGCGCACGACACACAAUGCACGGGCGCGCAAUGCUUAGGGCGCACAAGUACAAGUUCAAGUCAAGUUGCUGCCGCAACGCGUGGUAUCCCGGUACAAAGUAGGCAUCAGAAUGGCUAUAAUGAUCCUGCAUCAAGAGGUCAGUCGGUCCCGUAUACUAUAUACCCCCCACAGAAUGGGAGAGAGAGCUCUCCACGGCAAAACCCGAGGAGUAUAACUGCCGAGGUGUAUAAUCCAGAAUGUACUGGACCGGACUGUGCAACUCAUAAACUAAUUUCUCGAAAUGACACUCAAGAAUGCAAAGGAAUCGGAUGUAAAUUGCCGCUUCGAAUUCGUUCAAAGCCAAAACCACAAUCAUGUGUUGGGGAACAGUGCUCAGCUACAGCCGGCUCCAGUGGCGGAAGACCUCGGUCCACUGUGGUGCAUUUGCCGGACAGAGCCGCUCAAUUCUUGGGGGAAUUUUCAGAUUUCGCCUCAGACCUCGGAUCUUCGCUUGGAAUUCAGUUGACAUGUGACGUCAAAGCAGGCUCCAACGAGGUCCCGUCGGAGGACGCGCUGGUGCUGCAGCUGCACCUGGCGAAGGGUCAGGAGCGCCUGGUGGAGGAGCUGCGGGCGCAGCAGGCGCAGGUGUCCGACCUCCAGAGCCGUCUGGCGGAGCAGCAGAGCGUCCUGCUGGCACAGCAGCAGGAGGUGGUGGAGCAGCAGCACCGCACGCAGGCGCUGCUGGAGCAGCUCACGGCCCAGUUCAGCCUCCUGCAGGACUCGGCCAACCAGCUCGCCCUGCACAGCGGGCACAGCGGGCACAGCGGGCACAGGGGGUCGGGGGCCGCCCGCGUGGACACUCUGGGCGGGGGUCAGACGCUGGAGCGGGCCCGGGGGGAGUCCUACGCGGCCCAUAAGGUGGACAUGGAGGCCAGCGUGAUGGAGGUGGGGCACCAGCCGCUGCUGGGCUGCGCGGCGUGUGGCACGGACGAGUACUGUGACUUCAGCGGGGAACGGCCGCGCUGCCAGAGGUGCACCGUGUGCCCGCCGGGCUUCUUCCUGGUGGCCCAGUGCUCCACGCACUCAGACCAGAUAUGCCAGGAUAGAGAUGAAUGCCUGGAAAUAACAAACCUUUGUGGAGAGCAGAACCAGUGUUUCAACACUCCAGGUGGGUUCAGGUGCCAGGGCAUUUCAGAGCGUGAGGGCGCUGCUGGCCACUGUGGCCAUGCCUACUACUACAGCACCCACCUGCAGGAGUGCCAGGCCUGCUCCGACUGCGACCACACCCCCGUGGCCACGCCCUGCUCGUCUCUGCGUGACACCGUUUGCUCCACCCCCUCGGAGGGCGCCGGUCAGCUCUCGCUGUCCUGGGCCGGCGACGUUGUCCUGCCCCCUUCCGAAGCCCCGCACGGCCAUGCCUUUCCCAGCAUGCAGCUGAAGAUCCAAGCGAAGGCCGACGGCUGUGAGAGCGAGCUGCUGACGUGCGCCGGCGGGCAGCUGGGGAUGCGGCAGCACGGCCUGGUGUGGGCCGACUACAACCUGGCCCUGAGGCACGGCUGCCGCAGCUUCGUGCAGGCCUGCCUGCGCCUGAACACCAGCGGGGGGGCUGCAGGGGAGGGGGCUGCAGGGGAGGGGGCUGCAGGGGAGGGGGGGCACCAGGACGAGGGGCGCGACCUGAGCGGGGUGCGUGUGGAGCAACGCGAGGGCAAGGCCCUGCAAAGCGCCAGCGUGAGCGCGGCGAGCGCCGUGGAGGCCGGCCAGGCGCUGGUCCUGCAGCUGCGCAGUGCCAGCCACCACUGCAGUGCCGACGGCAGCGAGCGGCUGCACCUCCACGCUGGCGCCGGCGCGCCGCUCAGCCUGCUCUGGCUGUCGCACGACACCGGCGCCGUGGCCAUGAGCGCGCAGGCCGUGGCCUCGGCCCACUACCACACCAACUACAGGCCCACCUUCCGCACCACGUCCGUGUCCGACCCGUACGUGGUGGCGCUGACGCACGACGAGAGGGGCGUGCGCUUCGCCGAGAGCGGCUCGCUGCGGUUCGUGCUCCAGCAGGCGGUGUACUCCAUGGGGCAGACGUGCGUGAGCGAGGGCUUCACCCUCCUGGCGUACAUCAUCCGCAACAGCUCCAGCAUGGAGCUGGCGCGCGCCUACCACCACGGCGUGCACUACCGCGACACCUCCGUCUCGCUGUCGGCGGCGGCGACCGUCCACGCCGGCGACGCGCUCACCUUCGAGAUCCUGGCGCCGGCGCAGUGCAACGUGCGCUACUUCGGCGACGACUCGGGCAUCAGCAUGCUCAGCCUGCUGUGGGUGCCGCGCGCCAGCUCGGCCUCGCUGGCCGCCUCCGUCUCCUCCAAAAGCCUGCCGUCCGGCGCCGUGCGCAACAGAGCCCUCUACUUCCACCAGACCUCCGCCCGCGCCGAGCAGCUGGAGAUCAGCGGAGCCCGGGACGCUCACCCGCAGCGGGACCUGCUCUUCCGGAAGGCCGGCUCGGCCAGCGUGGCCCUGGAGCUGCGGCUCAUCCACUCCUGCAGCAUGCUGCGCCUCACGCUGCACCGGCGGGCGCAGACGGAGAGUCCGGCGGGCGCUAAGAGCGAGCCCCUGGCCCAGCAGGUGGGCGGGCAGAUGCCCGAGGGCAGCCAGUGGGCCAGCGUGGCGUUGCGGGCUUCGUUCCAGGUGCGUAACGGCACGGCGGUGUUUGUGACGGUGGACUGUGUGCGCGGCCGUAUCAAUCAGAUUGCCCAUGAGUCAGGCAGCAGUAGCCUGUCCAUACUGUGGGUGGCUGCCUAGGUGGAGGCUCCUGACGCUCUCUCCCCCGGCUCACCAUGGCUAUGACACACGCAUCUGUACCGGCAUUCUUUCACUUAUAGUCAAAACCUAAAGGCGGUGUGUUAUUGCAAAAUGUUUUCAAAAUGUAUAUUUUUUUCUGUGAUUUUGUACUCUUGUUGUCCUUUUUGCUCCAUUGGGGUUACUAAUGACAUAAAAGACAGUUAUUAUGUAAGUGUGAUGGCCAUACAUGAAACAUUUACAUGUUCUGGCUUUUGUGGGGUUUAUUUAUUUACAUUAAAGGCUUAACAAUUCCAGCUAGUAUUCCCAACAGGAUUGUGACAAUCAGGAAAACAGUGCUGCCUUAACUGCUGCUUUAUAUAUGCUGCUUGUAUGUCUGAUUGCAUGGGAUGUUUACUCCAAAUAUGGUUUGUAUUUAUGCCAUACAUAUACAUUACACUACAAUCUGCACUUAGAUAUUUAAUCCAGUAACUGAAAAUCAGAGCAUUCUUGACAAAUCAAUGCAUUCUUGACAAAUCAGUGCAUUCCUGACAAAUCAGUGCAUUUUUGACUGACUAGUCAACAGUUUUGUUGUUUGCAUUUGGAAAUGGCGAUGUGGAAUGUUGUUUGGCAGGGCUUGUUAAGACUGCAGGGAGCAGAUGUUUUGGGUUAGACGCCAUUUUCUAAUUCUAUCAGCCUCUGCAUACCAAAUGUAAUUACCCCUUCUGGAGGGCCUAAUCCCGCCACAGACAGUGAAAUGUGUAAAAAACCUGUUGUGUCAGCGUCUCUUGUUUUC